AUGACUCCUCUUCCAAAAAUCAAGCUUACUUACUUCGACAUUGAAGGUGUGGCCGAGGCUGUACGUCUCGCCCUGGUGCUGUCGAAUACUCCUUUCGAAGACGAUCGUGUCGGGUUCGGCGACUGGGGCGAGAUGAAGCCCAAGACGCCCUACGGAUGCUUGCCCAUCAUGAGUGUCGACGACGGUCCUCUCCGGACGCAGUCCAUGGCAAUGCUGCGAUGGGUUGGAUCUUCCUGUUCGGAGACUCUUUACCCUCGCGACAAGAUCUUUGACAUCGAAGAGGCGAUCGGUCUCAUGGAAGAUCUCAACAAGAGCUGGUAUCCUGCCUUUGCGAUUGGCAUGCGCCCCCAAAACUACGGACGCCCCGAAGGUUUCGGUCAGACCGAAGAAGGAAAGAAGAUUAUCAAGGAAAUGCGCGAAACUUGGUUCCAGAACGAGCUUCCCCGCUUUUUGACCUACAUCGAGAACAAACUCGAAGGAAACCAGUGGCUGGCGGGCGGUGAAACCCCGACGAUUGCGGAUUGCGUGGCGGUGCCUAUUCUUCGCAAUUUUUCUCGUGGUCAUGUGGAUCAUGUCCCAGCCACUGCCUUGGAUAGCCAUCCCAAGGUUGUGGACUACAUCAAGCGCUUCUGUGCUCAACCCCAGCUCAAAGGUCGCUACAACAACGGCAUCCAUUAA